AUGGCCAAGAAAGUAACUUGGUCAGCCCAAUCUACCAACAAAAUCACCAUCAAAUUUAUUAUUGACCCACAUUACUUUUAUUUUAUAAAAAAAAAUUUAAGAAGUGUGGCUAUUGGAAUUUCACGUGAGAGUCGCCGGCUGUUUUCUUCCUCUCUUUGUGCCAACGACGUCGAAACUCCUUCCGUCUUCUCCGAUCGAUCCGCUGUUCACAGCGUUUUCGAUCUCCUCAUCUCUUCGGCUCAACUCCUCUGGAGACGUCGUCUUCAGGUCCAAUCUCCGCCGUGGUUUCGCGCUCUCCGCUCCCCUCCCUCAACAGCGCGGCACCAUCACGAUUCACCGUCUCCGACGAUUCUCUUCCUUCGCCGCCACCAUUUCUUUUCCGUCCGUCAUCGUCUUCUCUCCAACUCAUCAUCAGAUUCCUUACGAUUUCGUUUUCAGUUCGUCUGCUUCAACCGCGAUCUGUUUCCAAUCGCCUUCGCUCACUUCCGUUCGCGACAGUGUAGACGAGCAAGCCAAGGUAAACUCUUCUACUUGUGUCAAGUUAAAGAUAAGAGAAUGGCAUUAAAAAACUGGAGCAUAGUGUGA